CAACUACUCAUUCAAGCUUCCUCAUUUCUACAGCCAUUUUCCAUGCAGCCUUACCCUUUUGAGUGGCUCUUACAUCUCUUCAGUAAUGAUGUCUCCUCCACCAACACAUCAUCAUCAUCAUCUCAUCUCCAUUUUCUAAGUUAAAUAUCGUCAGAAAAGAAGUAAUCUUGAGAACUUUGUACUGCAGAUUGUUGGAGAAAGAAGUCUAAUUUAUUAUUUUCAGUGCUCCCUCAGGACAGUGGACCACUUGUAUCUCAUUCCGUUUAAUAAAAUAGGCUUGUAAUACUAUGGCGGAAGGUUCAGGUGAUGACGUGGUUAUUUCAAACACACGGCUUUAUGACAGUUUUUUCAAGCAGAGAUGCUCCUUGGUGUUGCUGGCAAAAUGGGUACUCAAAACUGCAAUGUGGCUGAUUUUCAUUCUCUGGAUUGCUUUGAUUUUUCUCUAUCCUAGCGAUUUCAUGGGGAAAAUCUUUCACAAAUGGUUUGAGUUAACUCAAGGGACUUUUUAUGGACUUGAUGGAAGUUUAUUUCCCAUUUUCAGUGGCCCAGUCAUUCUUAUCGCAUUUCUAGCAACUAUUUAUGUAACGGCAUUUCCAAGAGAAUACCAUAAAACGAAGAGACCGAGAAUUUUGAGAUUCCGCCUGUUCACAUUCCCUGUGAUCGUCAAUGGGCCAUUUGGGAUUGUCUCUGCUGCUGAGCUAAUUGGGAUAAUCUUGUUUGCCGCAUAUCUUAUAUGGGCGUUUUCUGCUUACACAAUACAAAACCAUCUCUUGAUAUCUAAGAUGUUACUGACUUCGAGGGAGAGGAGUCUUCGAAUGUUGAAACUUACAGGGUUUCGCUUGGGAUCAAUUGGAUUGUAUUGCCUUGCAUUUCUGUUUCUCCCGAUUGCACGAGGAUCGAUUCUACUCCGCCUCAUAGAUGUCCCUUUUGAGCAUGCAACAAGGUACCACAUUUGGUUGGGACACGUCACAAUGGCGAUCUUCACAUUGCAUGGCGCAUGUUAUUUGGUCGCUUGGGCAAUGCAGGGUCAUUUCUUGCAUAAAAUAGCAGAGUGGAAGAGCAAUGGCAUUUCCAAUCUCCCCGGAGUAAUUAGCCUCUUGGCUGGCCUGUCGAUGUGGGUGACAUCAUUGCCUCCACUGAGGAAGAGGAAUUUCGAGCUCUUCUAUUACACCCAUCAACUAUUUGUAGUUUUCAUUGUCUUCUUAGCAUUGCAUGUUGGAGAUUUCAUUUUCAGCAUAGCAUCAGCAGGGAUAUUCAUCUUCCUACUCGAUCGUUUUUUGAGGUUCUGCCAAUCGCAAAAUACCGUCGAUGUGAUUUCUGCAACAUGCCUUCCAUGUGGAACAGUUGAAUUGGUUCUUUCAAAGCCAAGAGAUAUGCAGUACAAUGCUCUCAGUUUUAUUUUCCUUCGGGUGCGGGAUUUAUCUUGGCUGCAGUGGCAUCCCUUCAGUGUUUCCUCGAGUCCUUUGGACGGUAGACACCAUCUUUCAAUUCUUGUAAAGGUUCUUGGGCAAUGGACAAAGGAUCUUAGAGACACUAUCUUGAAUGCUCCCAAGCAGCCUCGAAAAGGGUUACCAUUUCAACCUUAUCCUCAGAUAAGAGCUGCUGUUGAGGGGCCAUAUGGCCAUGAAUCACCAUACUAUUUGAUGUAUGAAAACCUUAUUUUGGUAGCUGGAGGCAUCGGGAUUUCACCUUUUCUAGCUAUCUUGAAAGACAUCUUGCACCGGAUUAGGGAGAGCAAACCAUGUCUACCGAAAAAAGUAGUGAUCGUUUGGGCCGUGAAAAGAUCCAAAGAGCUUCAUCUUCUCUCCAUGAUCGAUGCAGAGUCUCUCUGUCCAUCUUUCUCCAAUAAACUGAAAUUAGAUAUUCGAACUUACGUCACUCAAGAACAAGGACCUGUUCUGGAAAAUGGUGAUCUUCCCCAAUGCAUGGACUGGUCCUCUUUCCACGAUAAGAAAGGAAGUCACAUUUCUGGUUUAGUCGCUACGGGGAAUAACAUAUGGUCUGGAUUUUAUUUUUCCUUAUCGACAGUUGGAUUCUUUGUCUUCUUGACUCUGAUGAAAGCAUUUUAUAUAAAACCAUUCAAAAUAACGAGUUGGUGGUUUCAAGGCCUUCUAUUCAUUGUAUGCAUGGUUGCAAGCAUUGUCACAUUCGGAGGUCUUGUGGUCUACUUGUGGCACCGUUGGGAGAAAAGGGUUUCGAGCUCUGAGAAAUGUAGUGACGACAAUGAGGAGAGUGGCUUGACACAUUACAAUGAGCCGAAGUUGCAGAUUGGCCUGUGCAAUACAAAUCUUGAUAGAUUGAGCACUACACAAUACGGAUGCCGACCAAACAUACAAGAGAUCUUCGACUCCAUCUCAGAUCGUUGGGGGGACGUCGAUGUGGGCGUCAUUGUAUGUGGCCCAUCGAGUCUUCAAUCUAGUGUUGCUGCAGUGUGCAGGUCCCACAACAUAUGGGGCAGUGGGGACCAACCAAUCUUCCACUGCAACAUCCACAGCUUUGAUCUGUAAUCAGCACCUCUUAUCAUUUACAGUUACUAAUAGAAGAUCAUAUAUAACUCAUUCGAAUCCUCGAAUUCAGUACUGAGAUUUGCGUGAACCGUCCAUCACCAUAGCGGUCAUCACAAGUUGUAAUUUUACCAUGAUGGGUGGAUUAGAUAUUCGUAUCAUACAAGCUAUGUGGAUGAUUUGUAUUUAGAGAAUUCUAUGAGAAUAUCAGCUGUCUUAUGAUUUGUAUUUAGAGAAUUUUAUAAGAAUAUCAGUAUUUCUUGUGUUA